AUGGACGAGAAAGCCGAUAAUAGAAUUCGUAGAACCUUUCAGGAAUCCAAGACAGGGGAACCCAAUAUAUACUCCGUUUUAUGUCAAGGUGAAGAUGGUAAAACCACCCCAUUGUCGACCAAUUCCAAUAAUAACUAUAUAGGACGCGGUAGCCCUUCUUUGGACAAUUUACAUGAUAGAACCCAACGUGUUGACUCGCCAAACAACAGUAAAUGUAACGGUAUCAGCGAAAAUGGGGAAGAUCAAAUUUAUGUACGGGACAUCAGUUCCAAUGACGAGAGUGGAAAAUAUCCCGAUAUUACAAUGAUACCAAUCGAAUGUUGUCCUAACAAGGAAAGAACCCAAAAUUUGCAAUUAUCUUUGGGGGAACUGCGCCGAAUCGGUGUCUUGGCGGGUCAUGCAUGGACGGAAGAAAAGCCGAAGACACCGUGCCGUCUUGUGGUCCCAUACGUUCAAUAUAGACAAAAAGUAAUUUCAGAAACCAUGUCCAAUGUGUCGAUGGAGGAAAAAAAGGAUGAAUCUCGAGAAGGUGACAAUAAUCCGAAAAAUUCGUUCAUAAUAGUCAAAAUGGUUGCAAAUAAAUCAGAUCGUAAGCGUGUUGCAGAAUCUCUUGACUGUUAUAUCGAAAAUAGAAAUCCUACUACUUAUAAAUGUUAUUUGGAAGUUGUUAAAAUGUAUGGUUUCGAUCAUAUCAUUCUCAUCGGGGAUUGUUAUGAAGGAAUUCUUUUUCUAGACUGCUACGGCCACGUGUUUGAAUGGGGAAGCAUGUUGGGUGUUUUGUGGUCGCUUGGAGAUUAUUGGGGUGUAGUGUCAAAGGAAUAUCUGGCUAGAUGUGUAAUAUGGGGUGUAGAGUUUGAUGGAACUGUUACAGAAUUCGAGGACGAUAAGAAUG